CCUUGAACUACUUAAUUCGCUUCACACCACAUUCCCAUCCCGCAUUAAUCUUUUUUUUUUCAUUCGCAUACCGUCACCAUGUCAAAACCAAUGGAAACUAUGGCUCGUCGCAACAUGCGGGCCGCAUUGCAGCAGUUAACGCGAAGCGUUAGAGACUCUGGAUUCACGGAAUUUAGCCAACAGGAACUGCAAAAAAACUACAAUAUUGAAGUCGACCUCAUGGUUUUGGACGAGGCAUCGUCCCUUAAACCAUCUUACUUUGCCCCCUGCCGAAGUCCAAUUCCAGAUCCCAGUGCCGACACUUCUGGAGAGCCUUACAAAGGCCAAGACCAUGAAACAGAGUACAGUUUUACUCGCCCUGUCGAUCGCGCAUAUGUGAUGUGGAAUAUGCACCUUGCGUAUUAUAUGUCCUUCUGUGAUAGCUCUGUCACUGGCGAGAGGACCCCUUGGAUUUCACAAUGCGUUGGAGAGACCCCAUUUCGCGGCUUAUUUAAGUACGAGCAACCUGAGUUUGGGUGCUACGAGAUCACAUAUCUUGAUGGCCCUUCCUACCCCCAUGUUAUGGCCGUCAUAUAUAAUAAUUUGGUUGCAACGGAUGACACAGUGCUCUGCGGCGAGUUGCUUCCAAUCCUCCGCAUUAUGCUUGCGCAGCUUAUGAAGUGGGAAUUCGUUCAUCAGAUGGUCUCACCGGUCUUGAUUAUCUCGCUUAUGGGACUGAAAGUCCGUGUAAUUGAGGCUUUUUUCAAAGACCAGAAGCUAGUCGUGCGUCCAACCAAAAUGUAUGACUUCACUCACGGGAACGAUGCAGCGUUCAAAGUAUUUGCCCAGUGGUACAUGGGCCAGCCAAUCGGUGAUACUGUUCUGACCUGAUGUUAUUGAUAAUGAUUUCUUUCUCACGUGUUGGGUGUUCUUGUUGGGUUAUCAGGAAUGGGAAAUUUGGGUUUGGUAACUGGCGCAUAUCUUUUCUUAGUACUAUGUGGCGUUUUGGGUGAUUGGGAUUGACAUGGUUUAUCAAUGUGGGACUGAAGAAGCUCAGUGUGAA